CACAGUCUCGCCGCUCUCGGGAAUCUGGCGAGCUCUUCUACCUUACACGCAUGCGUAGAUAUGAAUUCUGCCUCGGGAAUGGGAUUGUAAAACCUGGACAAAUCUCUGAAAACGACAAAACCGCCCGGACGCCCGGAUAGGAGUACAGAAAGAGGACAUGUCCGGGGAAAACCGGACGUACGUGGCACAUGCGCAGGACCCUCAUCAUUCCACAGAGAAGCCUUCUAUCCAUUGUCAGAAGUGUGGUGAGCCAUGCAAAGGAGAGGUGUUCCGUGUCCAGUCCAGGCACUUUCACAUCAAGUGUUUCACUUGCAAAGUAUGUGGCUGUGACUUGGCACAAGGUGGCUUCUUUAUAAAAAAUGGUGAGUACCUGUGUACUCUAGACUAUCAGCGAUUGUAUGGGACACGCUGCCAUGGCUGUGGAGAUUUCAUAGAGGGUGAAGUUGUAACAGCCCUAGGAAAGACGUACCAUCCAAAUUGCUUUGUCUGCACCGUCUGCAAACGCCCAUUUCCUGCAGGAGACCGGGUUACUUUUAAUGGAAAGGACUGCCUUUGCCAGCACUGUGUCCAACCAAUGUCACCUAGUCCGAAAGAAAUCUCAAGUUCAAACAAUUGUGCUGGCUGUGGAAGAGACAUUAAAAAUGGACAAGCAUUGUUGGCACUUGAACGACAGUGGCACCUGGGAUGUUUUAAAUGCAAAGCCUGUGCAAAAGUCCUGACAGCAGAGUAUAUCAGCAAGGAUGGUGCACCGUACUGUGAAAAAGAUUACCAGCUGCAGUUUGGAGUAAAAUGUGAGGCCUGCCAGCAGUACAUCACAGGGAAGGUUCUAGAGGCAGGAGACAAACAUUAUCACCCUAGCUGUGCACGAUGCAGCAGGUGCAAUCAGAUGUUCACCGAAGGCGAGGAAAUGUACCUGAAAGGUUCUACGGUUUGGCAUCCAGACUGUAAGCUAUCCACAAAAACUGAGGAAAAGCAAAGGCCUACAAGAGCAUCGUCAGAGAGCAUUUCUUCCAGACCUGGUUCAAGUAUUCCUGGAUCUCCAGGCCACACAAUCUGUGCGAAGGUGGAUAACGAGAUUCUUGAUUAUAAGGACUUGGCUGCUAUUCCAAAAGUUAAGGCGAUUUAUGACAUUGAGCGCCCUGACCUGAUAACGUAUGAACCAUUCUAUAGUGCCUGUGACGACAAGCAGGAAAGGCAAAGCAUUGGCGAGUCACAGAGUCCUACAAGUACCAGCUCCCCAGUAUCCACUGAUGCUCUCCAAGAUCUAAGACGUGACAGUUCUUCUACAAUGACCGAAACAUCUCCAAGGACCUUAUCUCCAACACUAUCUACAGAAGGGUACCAGGAUGCUCGUGAGCGUAUGCUGUAUCGAUCAACAAGCCAGGGCUCCAUAAGUUCACCUGGGUACACUCGCCAUAGCUACACCCCUACAGUCUCACGAUCACCACAGCAUUUCCACAGACCUGAGCUGCUCUCUACUGGUGUGCAGCGGUUACCGUAUCUGCGCACUAGCAGUUUCAGCUCCUGCCACAGUGACUCCCGCCCUAACUCCCCUUUCCGAAACCACUUCAUCCCCCAUGUCAAAGCCGCAUUCUGCAUAGGCAAUGAGCCGUCCAGUGGUCGGAAUUCCCCACUCCCCCACCGGUCAGACAGUCGCCCGUUAACCCCAACAUUCGCUCAAGCCCCUAAACAUUUCCAUGUUCCAGAUCAAAGUAUUAAUAUAUACAGGAAACCACCCAUCUACAAGCAACAUGAUGCAGCUGCCUUGGCAGAACAGGCCAAGUCUGCAGAGGAUAUCAUCCAGUCCUCCAAGUUCCCAGCAGCCCACGCACCAGACCCUGGCGAGGUACCAAAGAUUGAGACAGAAUAUUGGCCAGGUCCACCCUCUCUUGCUGCCGUAGCAGGAUCGGAUAUGCGUCGCCGAUCGACUGGUAGGGAAGAGGAAGAUGAAGAGUUGCAGAGACGUCGACAGCUUCAAGAGGAACACCUAAACAAGAUUCAAUCUGGUUUGGGGAAGCUGAUUCUGAAAGAGGAAAUGGCGAAGGAGAAUCGAGAGAGAUACACACAGUCAUUGACUCGUAGUCCCUCAGGUCACCGUUAUGAGUCAGUGCUCUAUUCAGCUCUGCAGGAUUCUGCUUCCAAAACUUCUUCUCUUCCUGGUUAUGGAAGAAAUGGACUCCAUCGGCCACAGUCUACAGACUUCUAUCAGUACAAUAGCUAUGGCGAUAUAAGUGCUGAUAUGAAAGAUUUCCAGUCCAUUCCAGAUGGUCAUGUGCCUGUGACAAGAAUGGACAGAGGAGUGUCUAUGCCUAACAUGUUGGAGCCAAAGAUUUAUGCAUAUGAAUUGCUAAUGGUAACCAACAGAGGGCGAGCUAAACUGCCAAAAGAUGUUGACAGAACAAGGCUUGAGCGUCACUUAUCACCUGAGGUUUUUCAUGAUAUCUUUGGGAUGACAAUCCAAGAGUUUGACAGGUUGCCUAUAUGGAGACGCAAUGAGCUGAAGAAAAGGGCAAAACUCUUCUAGCAAAGUACACGAAUGUCACUGGAAGAAGGAUUCGAUUACUAGGCCUUUUUGUGAAAUAUGCAGAUAUUUGUUAUGGACAACCACAGAUAAGCAACUGUGUCCAUGAAAAGACAAGGGGGAAUUCUUGGAAACAUAUUCCCUUGCUCAACUAAUUAGGUCAAAACUGGAGCUUGGAAAACAUGUCUACAGAGUGAAAGUUAUAUAGGCAUAUUAUAUUGCUUUUCGUGUGUGGCUACAUGAAAAAAAUGUCACUGUUGGAUUUUCUGUUUAAGCUUUUUAUUGUUUUAUCCAGGUCUCAUAUGUGCAGUAUUGGCAAAACUUAAUUCUUUCUCCAUGCACUCACUGCAAAUAAUAAGUCGUAUAGAAUGUCAGCCUACAUUCAGUGUUUGGAUUGGAAUGUCUUUAAAAAGCAACAACAGACUAAAAAUUGUCUGGUCAUCCCAAAACCUAACAGGCCAAGAAUCAUAUAUGAUAAUAAUAUACCAGUAAUGCUAUGGUAAAGGAUUGGAGUGAAUGCUUUAAUCUUUAGUACACCUUCUCACUUCUUGUUUCACACGCAGAGAUGGAAUUAUUUGCUUUGCAAAAAAAAAAAAAAAAAAAAAAAAUUAGAAUUAAAAAUGUGAAUGCAGAUACAUUUCCAAACACAUUUACCACUGAAAUUACCCUGUAGUUCUUCCAUAAGCUGAGUAUGUCCAGGGCUAGUGUACUGCACUAGGGGCCAAAUGCUUUACCUGCUGAAGCAGUGCUACCUGUACUCACCAUUAUGUCGCUGUACAUGCAUCAACAUUCACCUUGUGAGUGGAAACCCCCUUCUUCCCCUUGACUUGUCAUUACCUAUGCAUCUUUUCCCUAGUCCUCAGCAAUAUUUUUCACCUUUAGUAUUCAAGCUUAUUUUCUGAGUAGCUGGAAGAUGUCCAUGUUAAUCAUAGCUAGUUAGAACUGCCCCAUUGCAAAUGACAGAAGACAAUAGUACUUAAUUAUUUGCACGAGUACUGCCUUCCUUUUUUGAAAUCCAGCAGUGAGAGUGAUGUUUAUGCACUGCUUUACCAUAACAGAACAAUCUUGGCAAUUUCUUAUUAGUUUGAUCACUACAGAAAUAAAACGAUGGAAGGAAACGGAGUGAGACACAAUAACACGGUUGGCCUUUAUGACAAAUUUAACAUGCCUUCUGAUCGCAUGUUGUCAAAUAGAUGAAAAUCCAUGUGUAGACCUUUCCUUUGUUAAAACAGUGCUGAAUGCAUUACUCCAAUAUAUUGCCCAAACAUGACUUACAGUAUUGGUGCUUAAUACAUAACUGUUUAUUCUUUCAGUGUAAUUUAAUGCAAAAGUUGUGUUUAUCAUCACAUAUUCUAGGCACUAUCUGCUCUAUAAGAUGUGGAAGGCAUUUUUGUUGCUUUUAUUUCCUUAGAGAUAGUCCAACUGGGGUGCAGAAAAUAUAUGUAGUUUUGGCUGUGCUCCUACCAUCUGUUCAUUCAUCAGCUGUGUGUUUUGAAAUGAUCAGUUUAAAUGUCUCGUUCAUGUUAUCUGCUGUAAGCAGCAGGGGAGAAAAGUUAUGUAGCAUGCACCAUAAGAUAUGUUAGAAAAUACAUUUUGAAAUUUAGUGUGAAUAAACCUUGUGGCUGUAAGGAUGCAAGAGUUCAUUGUUAAAACCAAAGCUUUGAUUGCAGGUAUCUCAUUCCAGUUAUUAAUGCAUCUGUUAAGUGCAUCAGUUUUGUUGUGUUUUCUGAGUGAAGCUAAUUAAUAUCUUACCUACCUAGUUUGAACAGUUGACUCAUCAAACACAUUGUUUGUAAACGGUUAUUGUCAGCAGUAUUUUCAGCUUGAUGUCAGUGUGACCUCACUGAAUAUUUCCCCUUAUGGGGAGUUGCUUUGCUCUUUAAUAUUUCUUAGGAAAAAAAAUAGCUUUGUUUUAAUUUAUUGUGCUAUUCCCAUAUACCUUUUCAUUAACCUGUCUCCAGAACUUGCUUUCUAGGGUGUUUCCUGACAGAGGUGUAUGAUAUUUUAUCACAUAAAGUAUAACCCAUAAGACUAGAUGACUCUAGAACUUCAGUAAGACCAGAUUACUCUAGAACUUCAGUGUACUGCCUUGCUGUUAGCUUACUGAGUUGCUCACUACGCUGCCCCUUCACUGAAACCACCUUGAGUGAAGAGGUCCUGUUAUAUAAGUCUGAGAUGUGCUGUUGUCCUUGUGGAAAUAAUUGGUUUAAGGUUUGUAACAUCCUGUAUAGAUUCAUAGGUAGGUAGGUAUAGAAUUAUUUUUUCAACUUGCAGUGAUAGGAGAGUUCUAGUAAUUACAAGCGUGGAGUAUUUUUGUCAGGCAGAACAUGAAUAUUCAUAAAUUGUAGACUGCUGCAAUCUAACCUAGUCAUAUUUUUUUUUACUUUAUCAGUUAUCUUUACUUUCCUAUUCAUCAGUGUACUGCUGCCAUUGACCAAUCAGCAAUACUGUUCCCUCAGGUCAAUGCAUGCUGCCGACUUGGGGUGAGACACAGCUGUCUGACAGUCUGCUAUCAUCUAUGAAGUUGGAGUAUUUUUGCACUAACUUGCCUCCAUAGCGAUGACAGAUGUCUUGUGCUGGGCUCUGUGAUGAGUGAAUGCAUCAACAUUCUCGCUUAUCCUGUGCUACAGUGUAGAGUGCUGUUUGGCAGAUAUCCUUGUCCUGUUCCUGUACUGGUGGCGUUCUCUCUGUGGGAUAAGGCAAAGUGCCACAGUGUCUGAUACUUACUGAUCUUCAUAAGAUGUAUUUUAACAGUUAAACAAAUUGCAUUGUCCUUUCACCUCUAACACAUACUUGGAAAUAAUUGUUUAAGAUUAUCACUCCUUAUCCAUUGAGGCAUCCUUCACCUCCAGUUUCUAUCUGAACAUCAUAUUUUUCUUUAAAAAGUAAACCAUGUAAUGUCAUAUAGCAUUGCUAUGCUUUUCUCUUAUGUUCUACCAAUAACUAUUCAUUGCUGUGAAAUUAAGAUAUUUCCAAAUGGCAAUCAAUAGGCUGAAAAAGUAUUACAUUGACCGCAUUUAAAGAAACAAUGUUUAAAUGAUAUGUUAUUUUUAUAUUUAGCAAUCUAACAAUGCUACUCUAAAACAGCAUAAUAUUACUGCCACUGUGAAAGCAUGUUUUGUGAAAAAGGAAAUCUAGCUGGAUUUAAAAUCACUUUAUGCUUUGAAAAAUUUAAUACUGGAACAUCUGUACACCAUGUGCUCUUUCACAUAUACAUAUGUUUUAUAUAGUUGCUGCUGUUAUAAAAUGUCCAGAAAGAAGAUAUGAGGUGAGCUAAAGUUUGAAAUUGUAUCUUGUUGGAGAAUAUGCCCAGUUUGUUGUGCUUUGUGGUGCAAGCAUUUCACAUGUAACCUAACCAUGAUAUGUAAUUAAACCUACAGGUACAACACUCAGUGCAGUUAUUUUGGGAUGACUCUUGUAUUAUUUACAAAGGAUAAGAGAUGUCCACACUAGGUAGUUCUUUAACUAGUGCAGUAUAUUCCAGAACUGAUACCUUUCAUUAUAUCUGUGUGGCAUUAUUUAAUGAUGUAAAGGCAAGUGGGACAGCUAUAAGUAAAUCUAAUUGUUCUUAUAUAUAUUGUAAGAAGUUCUGUAAAUUCCACUUUGUUGUUUGAUAUUUAUGUUCUAUAAAUGUGUCAGGAAUUAAUCUUUAUAUAGUAUAACAGAGUGAAAUUUCUAUUUUUAAGUGAUGAGGCUAAGGCAAAUCAUGAGGGUUUCCAUUUUAACUUUCAGGACUGUAAUUGUGAUCAGAACCUGCAAACAUUUAAGUGCGAUUAGGGGAAAAUAUAGCCUACGUUCUGAAAUUGCUGUUAUAUUGGAGAAUUUCCUUUGCUCUGAUGGAGCAAACUCAGAGUUAGUGUAUAUAAGUAGUGGGGGGAGGGUAAUGUUUUUAUUGUGUAUCAGUGACUUUCACAGUUAUUUGUAGGGAGUCGUACUCAUUUUUUGUCUCAGUUUCAGGGCUUUGCACUUUCAAAUCUGAAAUGUCCAAUAGGGCAUCCAACAAAUAAUAUAUAAUAUAUAUUUGCAUGUAUCUUUACAUAAAUUAUCAUAGGCUAAAAGCUUUGUAUAAUGUACUAAACCCAUGUAUAAUCAAAAACCAUGUUACCUUACACACAUGCAUGGCACCCAAUUCCUGUUUUAAUAAUAGCAUAAAAUAUUAUCUGAAGGUUACAGAAUCUGACUAAAGCUUGUUAAAUCUAAAUGUAAAUGAAACAUCAUGCAUUAUUUAGCUUUUGGUGUUUAUAGUCAUAGCUUGACUGGGGUGGCAGUGAGGCUGAUAUUGAAACUCCAACCGUGACCGGUAUUAAAAUAAAAGCCCAGCUGUUUAUAUGCUCUGUUUCAUUAUCUCGGUCAGCAUUACAGCUUGAAGUCAGUCUUGAUGUUCGCUUAGAUUUGUAUGAUAAAAUGUUGUGGAUAGACAAGAGUCUUCUAGUAUGUCACACUUGUUACAUUCAACAACGAAGCCGUUGCAUGUCUGCGUUACUUGCUUUGCAGAAAGUUUAGUUCCUUGCUUAUCCUGUCAUGUAGUGUAUAUUGAAGUAUUACUGUGUGUUAUUCUCCAUGCUUCACAGUAAACAACCCCGCUGUCGUCUUUUUCCUGCACUUAGGAUUUGUUUCUUUUUUGCUUCUGGAUAAACACUGCAUUUAGUUAAACUUACUAUUUUCAGUGUAGUAUUGCAGAAUUUGAGUCACUAGAUAACUGUGUCUAUGUAUGUGGACUAAAUAAAUAUGUAAAAGUAUGUUUAAUAGGCCCAGAAGAAACUAGAAUAUUUAAGUAUUAGCCUUUUCUGGAAAUAUUUUUGACAAUUUCUUGAAGACAUCCUACCCUUUUCUCAUGUAAAUGCAAGGCAGUCUCAGGGAACCUGUAACUUUUUCUAAAUCAUGUUAUGGUAUGCAUUUUCAUAACUACUAGCGUAUUCAAAUGGCAAUGCAGAUGUGCUCUUUAGUAUUUGAGGUGAAUCACAGUUAAAACCAUUGAGUCUUUAAUAUGUUCACUUACGGCUCUUUUUGCUGCCCACAGAUCUGUGUUCAUCUGCAGUUAAACAUUUGAUGAUCUGGAGAGCAGCGUACCUCAAAGGAAUUUGAGUUAAGCAGCUAGUAGGCAGUUAACAUCAUGUAACAACUAUGAAAAUGUUGUAAAGCCAACGUUUUGGGGGAGUUCAGUUAUCUUUUUUCACGUUCUCACACUUACUCAGAAUAGUCAUGUUAAUACCAUAAAUUGUACCCUGUGAUGUUAUUAAAUGUAGAAUUCAUCUGUCAACAAAGCAAACCAAGUUUGUUUUCAAAUGCUGCCUUUUAAUUUCUUUUCCCUCAUUGUAAAGAACAACUAGAAUAUGUUGUGUACUGAAUAUGAAAUAAAAUCAGAAAAUAACAUGGUUUGAAAUACCUGUUGAAA